AUGUUGGCUAUGCAAUAAACUUCAUUUAUUUAGAGUACUACUAGCUGACUUUAUAGCCCCAAGAGAAUCUCAACAAUUAUCACAAGAAGCACGGCGAGGGAUUAUAGAAACCGCAGUUCAGCAACGUCUGGAGUCCUGCAGGUUAGCCAUCCCUGUUAUAAAGAGUUGCAACCACUUGCAUUGAACCCAGGUACUGGCAUCAGAAAUAGGUGUGGUAUUCUUAUGAUGCCAGGAUUGUUCAAGUGUCAUUCCCUGCCCUUUGCCUUCUCUGGUGUUGCCCUUUAGCCUCCACCUAUGAGGGGCUGGGGCUGAGCAGUUGGAACUCAGUCAGCACAUGAUGGAGUCAAACCUUCCUUUGCUUGAUGGUGAUGACGGUAGUUGUCACUUUAGAGACAUGACAGUGUCAAGAAAUGAGUGACUAUGUAUAUGAUUAGUUGCUUUUUUAUUAAUUAUUGUAAUUAUGUCCUGUCUGUCAUUAAAGGAGCUGAAGGCGGCGUACAUAGUUUUCUUCCCUCCAUCUUAUUUUCACAACAGCCCUAUGAGGUAGGUUAGACUGAGAGUUAGUGACUGGCCGGCUUCAUGGCUGAGUGGGAAUUUGAACCCUGGUCUCCAAGGUCCUAAUCCAACACUAACCACUACACCACACUGGCAAUAUUACAAUAUAAUUGAAAUACUUGAUUAAUCUUUGCUCAGUUUUGCGCUUCCAGGUGGAUAAGAAAGAAUCAAAGCAUGCUUAGUGAACUCCUUUCAAGAACCUGCUACCCGCUGAAUUCCUUUCAAGAAACAACUACCCACUCUGAAUUUAAAAGGCAAAGUGCCAGAGAAACACUCAGCUUUCAGUUUUGCAUUUGCUACACUGCAGUUUUCUAAGUGUAUUAGUGUGAUUGCUGUGUCAAAGAAGAUUUAUUUGCCAUUCAAGCUUCCAUAGCUCACAAAGUGUAGGUAAUGGAAAAAAAUCUUCAACAUGGGGGUUGUGUCCAUAGGAUGUCCCUGAGGAAGAAUUAUCCUAGGAUUUCCCAAAAGGGGAGUCUGCCAUUGAGGACUGGAAAACAAACCAGUGAGGGAAGGAAGUGAGCUAAAUUUACUUCCAAAAGUUGCCUUAGUCAAAAUUGUGACCAGGUGAUGCUAUCACAUAGGUCAGAUAUGGAUAACCUGUGGCCCUCCGUAUAUUGUUGUCCUCCAUUUCCCAGCAGCCCCAGCUUGCUUGGUCAAUGGACAAGGAUUACUCCAACAGCUAUCUCUGAAGUACGUAGGUGGUGCUGCAUUGGUAAUGUGGAGAGUAGGGAAGGCACACUUGGGAACUUAUAAAGCUGGAGACUACCUCACAUUGCAUAGGGGAAAUCCAGAUCCUUCAGUCAAGAUGUACAUUCCAGGGUUGGAAAAGGAGAGAGGUAAAAGGCCUGUCAUUACCUUAGUAAGAGAACACUGCCAUUUUUCAAACAUUGAUUUUGCUCCCCUUAUCUUUAGUGUGAACAUUUAUUUGUGUUUAUAUUCCCAAGGUCUCAGGGGGACAAAUUAGUGUUUUGUAUUAUAUAAAAAUGUCGUUUAAAAAAUCACACAAAAACACACUGAAGACAGGGAUAUUCAUUGGCCCAUCGUUGUCACUAGAGGCACAGUUUGCCACUCUGUCUCAGAAACCUUCUUCCAGCCUAGGUAUACCAGUUCUUACUUGGGGAGCAAUAGUCUUAUUUCAGUGAUAGGUGUCCUGAUAGUCUCCCAUUUAGAUUACUGUAACACUUUUUUAUGAGGGUACCUUUAAAAAUGGCCCAGAAACUUUGGUUGGUACAAAAUAUGACUGCAAUAUUGCUAACUUAGAUGGGCUGUUGCACUUUUUUUUUUGUUAAUGGCUUUUGCUCUGUUUCGAGGUCCAAUUCAAAGUACUGGUGUUGAUUUUUAAGGCCUUUUACCACAUUGGUCCUUUGUACCUGAAUGAUUGUCUUUCCCACAUGUGACUUCUCAGAUGCUAUUAACUUGAUCUAAGGUCCUUCUUUGAAUGUCCCGUCAAGUGAGGUACAAUAGGUGAUUAUGUGACAGAAAGGGCCUUCUCAGUAGUGUUGCUAACACCCUCAACAGAGAGAUCGCUGCAAUUCUGAUAUCUUACCUUCCAUUGAAAGCAUUUUUGUUUUGCCAAGGAUUUUUAUAGAAUUUGAUUCAUUUGGUCAUUUGUCCUGUGUUUUAUGAUCUUAUAAUUUUAGGCUUUAAUUAUUUAAUUGUAUGGUGGUUUUAAAAUAUUAUUUCCAAAUAAGCAAAUAUGUUAGCUGUAGGGUCUCUCCCCCCCCUUAAAUGUUUUGAUUCUAUCUAGUGUUUAAAUUCUGAGUUGUGUUUUCUUUUCCUUUUUUUAAAAAGUUAUUUAAUCCUGUAAUCCACCCAGAAAACAUUUUGUUAGCAGGUGGCAUAUGAAGCACAAAUUCUACACCAGCCAACCAACUAGUCAAAAGAAUAAUAAUUUUCAAUCCUAAAAACUAGAUUGUGAAGGGGAAUGAAUGGCAUGAUGUGAUAUAAACACUGGAGAAGCAGAUAAUCAUUUGUUUCAGUCAUUUGCUCUGAAUGCCCCUUAGUGUGGCACACUUAAUUCCCUCCUACUCUCUGCUUGUGAUUUAUUGUCACAGGGAUUAGUUAAUCUGUACAGAUCUGAUAUGUGGAGGGGGAUACUGCCUUGGGAUGUGGGGGUUGUAUAUAACUUUUUGUUCUUUCACUCUUAGGAUUCAAUUAUUCCUUAAAUGCUGGGAAGCAGAGACCCCGAGGCCAGUGUUCAUUGUCACACUUCAUCAUUCUGUGGAGUGCACCUGCAACUCACUCUUGUGAUGAAAAGCAUCAUAUCCGCAGGACUCAUUACCGGACUUGUCCAAGGAUGUGGCUCAGCAUGCCCAUCUAAUGAACAAGAAAGGCAUAAAUCCUUCCAAUAUUGCACUUUUAAUCAUGGGAGUGACUUUUGGGUGCAAUCCUCAGAAUGAAAAUGGUAUUUUGAGAAGAAGCCUUGAAUAUGAAGGCUAUAUAGGGACCAGAACUGAACCAUUGAGCACAAUAUUAUUAUUAAACUGUUGCUGCCACUCCUCCCAGUCCACUCUGCAAACUAUAAAACAGAACACUCUGGAGUGCAAUACUAGUCAUCAGGUACUCUUAUCUGUGUAAAAUACUUUUGCCAAAAUUCUGGGUAUAGCACUGUCUACUAGUUUGCAGUAAUAUGCUAUACUGUACUAUAUUGCGGGACUUGACAUCUUUCCGCAGGGCCUGCAAGUUCUGCUUGGUCUUGGUUUGGACACAGUCUGAUCCUUAUGUUUCCCUCCCCUUAUGGUUUUGAUUUAUGGGCUACUAUUAAAAUGAGGCUGCAUUUUAAAUUGUAUUUUAACCCGUAUUUUAAUUAACUGUCCCCCCACAUUAUGUUUUACUGUAAUUUUAUUGGUGUUAGCUGCCCUGAGCCCAGUUCUGGCUGGGGAGGGUGGGGUAUAAAUAAAAAGUUAUUAUUAUUUUAUUAUACUGUAUUGAAAUUAGCUAUAACCUGUUACAUAUAACCCACUUUUAUAGAGGUGGAUUCAUAAGUGUCCUCUUUAUGUCUCUCUAUUCUUCUGCUCAUAUCCCAUCUCCAAACAGACUGGCACUUGGGUGUCUGAAUACAAAACAAAAUUGGAUUUGUAAACUUUUUCUGCUUGGAUAAAAUUAGCAUUCUUAGAUUUUGUACUUGCUUCUGAAAUGGAAAAUGGAACUCUGGUCACCAGACUUCUGUGACAUCACAGCAACUCAGGCAAUGUGCAAGGAAUACUUUCAGACCAACAAUCUGUUAGGAUUUGUCCAUUGUUAUUGCUGUUCUUUGUUUUAACUUUUCCAAAAAUAUUUUCUGCCAAAUCUCAAUUUGUGCAGUUCUCACAUUCGUGUCUCUUCUAUGAUGGCAAUCAAGGUGGCUAGCCGUAAUCUGACAAAGAAAAGCAAUAAAUCAAAGGUAAAAUUAAGGAAGACCUUUUAACCAAAGGUUAAGAACAGCAGCAAACUAAUAUUAUUUAUCAUUUUUGUUUUCUGGUAACUUACCUUACAACAGCAUCCACAUUAAAUGAGAAUAUUGGAAAUAGUAGAUGGAUUUCCACCAGAAGAGGGCAUCAAACCAUAAGAUACAGGAAUAAUUUUAUGGUUAAUUUCAAGGGCUUAUUAAAUUAGACCAUCAUUUGUAGUAGUGCCAGUUUGACAUUUUUCUUUCUGUAAAUUGCGUAGGUAGCCCCAUAAAAUGAAAACAAAGUACAUGCCCAAAAGAACAACCAGAAAGGAAGGAGAAUACACUGCCAAAAAUUAAUGUACUGGUGUGGCUGACUAGUCUGUUAACAGGCCUCAAAUUGCUCAUCAGAGGCAAAAGUAUAAAGGAGCUUAUUUUAGUUCUCAUGGAAACACAUCCUUAAAUUUUAGACGCCAUAGUUAAGGCAGGAACAAUGGAUAACAUAUCAAUACAUUUAGAAACAAAUUAGCAUUGUAUGUUAAAUGCUCAGUUGGCUGCAAAUGGCAAUCUAGCUGACACUUGAGGUGUAUAUAUUUAGGAACCACCUUAUUUCUGUAAGUUUUUAAUAUUGUGUUUUAAUGUUGUAGCCUGCCCAGAGUCCUUGGGGUGAGGGGUGGGUGAACAACAACAACAGCAGCAGCAGCAGCAACAACAACAACAACAACAACAACACCACAAACCACCACCACAAUAGCAGCCGCAGCAGGUUUCCUCUAGUUGUGAGAUUAUAAAAGAUGUGCACUUGUAGGCAGAAGAAACAUCAAUUCUUUGCAACGUGAAGCAAUCUAAUUAAGAGGAACCUCAAUGACUUAUGGGGGGAAAUCCUUUAUGUGCCCAGCAGAUGGCAGCAUAUUCACACUUUUUAAAGUGGGCUCCAACUAACCUCCCUAAUUGGCUUCAUACCUGUAUGUACCUGUCUUGAGACAGCAAUAGAGGACAUUUUGGAGGAAGUAAUAGAGCAUCUAUUUAGGCUUAUUGUUAAGUCAUCAUUUAGUAUAAUACAAGGUUUUGUAGGUCCAAACACACAACUAACAGACUACAUAGAAAAAGGGAAGUAACCUCAAGGACUCACUAAAGAACAGCGUCUUAGCUCCAACCCAUAAUAAUGGGAGACAAUAUUUAACUGGCAUUAUCAGUUGCUACACUCAUGAUUGUGCAAAUUGCCCACUGGACAUGUUGUCCUAGUCAACCCCACAUGUAACUUCUUUCCAUCCCAUAAAAUACCUGGAGAAGUUAGCUAUGUCUAAUUCUUCUAAUGAUCAGCAGCUGCUAUUUUUUAAUGAAUAAACGGCUAAAGCUGCAGGCAGAAGUGUCAACAUGCCUUUCAAGAGCAUUGCUGUACCUAAAGUAAAGGGGUAAAACUCCCACCUCCAAUGCCACAAUCCCUUUGCUAGCAAGUUAGUAUAAAAUAAAUAAAAAUCAUCCACACAAGGGCUAAAGACAUGAAUAAUAUUACAUCUAGUUUGCCCCUUGGUCAUUUAUAAAUGAAGGGUACUACAUGCACAACAGAGUUCUACAGCUCCCGAGUCAAAACCUCCCUCCACCUUGAUGAAGAGUCACUGAUAAGCGCUCUCCCAGUUUUGCAACAUCUAUGAGACAGUAUUGACCUGCUGUUAACCAGCUUUCUACCCAAAAUAAUGUGGGGAAUUUGGCCAAAUGCAAUUAUUUGCAAACAAAAAACCCAACCCCAUGUAUUUUACUUAUAUCUCGUUCUACUUUGGAAAGUUCAGAGGUGGUUAUAUAGGAUUCUGAGCACACACUGAUUAAGUACAUUUCCAAUUAACUUCUAUAAUGCUAUAGUGUUAGCUGCUCCCAGCUAUUCAUUCACUGGUCCAUGUCAGAUACUGUAGCAUAGAUAGUAUGCCUGGGCUAGUAGGGUUCUCAUAGGAUCAGGACUGUUGCAUCAGAACCUUUAGAAUGGGCAGGGAAGCUGUGGACCUUCAGAUGCUAUUGGACUAGAGUUGCCAGACACCUCAGGACGGACCUGAGGUCUCCAGGGUUUCCUGAUAACUCCCAUGUACAGUAGCAGGGGGAGGGCUUGAAGACCAUUAUGCAUGCAGCUUGCAGUCUUUGGCCUUGCAGGAGCCAGUUGCAAAUUAUUACAAAUACUUGGGGGGGGCAUGGGGAGUCUGCCCUCAUCUCCAAAUUAACCCCCAUUGCUCAGUGGUGGGAGGAAGUGCAGAGGAAGAAAAAGAGCUGGGCUUAAGAGGAGGAGCAUUUAUGAGUGCACAUAGGCAACUGGAGGGAGGUGUGGGGCUGCAAAAGUGAGCGGAGUGAAGAGCAGCAGUAGGAGCCAAUUUCUGCUGCUUCCACGCAGGGGAAAUGACAGAGCCCAGAGAAAAUGUUCCAAGUCUCAUGCAUAAUUCUCUCUCUCACACACACACACACACACACACACACAUAUUAAAGGGGUUUAUCCCAGUUAUGCAAUUGCCAGAUGGCAACAAGCGAGAAGAGCUUGGGAUUUGUCCCCUUUCAAAAAUGCUGGCUAUUUGCAAGGGAAUGCUAAGCAACCUUUCCCCUUUUAAAACCCCCUCAAUCCUCCAUCCUUAUUUGUUUUUCCUCCUGUCUGUAGCCUGUCGUUAUUAGCAAACUUUUGUUAGUAUUGGACUAAAGAUGUAAUUUCUGAAGAUUAAAAAGAAAACCAGUUAGUAUCAAAAUGAUUAAAGAAGAUAUAUUCAAGCUUCCCCCCUGCCCUGGUAGUAUUAAAUAAUGCAGCCUUACCAGACAGAGGGAGAAUAAGAAUAAUUCCCCACAUUCCUGGAAGUGCCACCAACUGGCUGUGCAGGUGACCUCUGUGUCCAUCUGGCGGUGCUUCCCUGUAACAUUGGAAAUCAAAUACAAUUGUUGCCUGUGGUUAACCAAAUGGAGAAUGAAGGCACAGAUGGUUAGAAAAGGCAACCAUAUGCUUCAUGAAAAGUAAUGGCAAUUACGAGAAAUGAGGAGUUUCCCACUACAGAACUAGUAUGAUAUUCAUUCAUCUUCAAAAUAAAAAAGUUGUGCCUAUUUGUAGUGGCUGUGUCAAUGGGGAGUACGACUGCUUUCUGGCAACAUUCAUUCUGAUUUGUCUAUGGGGAGGCUAGAGGCUAGGGAAGCAGUUCUGCUGCUCAUGCUGGCCAAAGUGGGAAGUGGGGAGUGUAGUUUCACCCUCCAAGUUUUGCUGUGUUAGCUGCAUGCUGGCACAGUAGAGAGGCCUGGAUCAGGCCCAUUGCCGGCUUGGGGGUUUGAUUGUUCUGUUGAUAUUCCCACCCCCUUGUAAUAAUCCAAUGAUUUGCCCUUCUUUCCCAGAUAAGCCCUUAGACAAGCAUGCCAAUACCAAGUAUAAUACUGUUGUUUUAUCUGCAUGACACUUUGCAGCAGUCCAAAAGGACUUGUUCCUGCUGUUGCUCAUGCAUUCUGCUUCUGGAUGCAACCACUUCGGAAUACAACAAUCCUUGGCUUGAAUGAGAUAGAAGAAAGUGAGAAGGACACCAUGUAUGCUCUGUUAAAUGCUCUGAGAAGAUUCACUAAAUCCAGUUCCACUGUAAUUGUGACUGCAAGCUAA